AUGAAGUCGAUUACGCUGCUUCACCUGCUGGGCUUUGCCUCGUGCAUUGCUGCUCUGCCAGAGCCCCAGCCUCUGAUCACAGAAGCCCCGGCGCUCGCGACUCUCUACGAGCGAGACAAUGAGGCUCCCAGCUUCAUGGGAUAUCUCUCGGAUAACACGACUUUCCGAGAGACGGCAUGCGCGAGGGGUUAUUACAGCUCGGCCGGGCGAAAUGCUGGCUGCGUGACGGACAACACCAGGCCGGUUGCGACAGGCUGCACCAGCGCGACCCUCGUCGUGUACCCCAAUGGUGAUAACGCUACCUGCACGGGAAGCUACACCUGCUCAUACCACACCAUCUUCGACAACCUCGACCAAAAGUCAACAUGGAGCCGGUGGGCGUGCUUCGUCUCCGGCAACACCAACAAGGUCGUCGUCUACCGAGCGACCACCCACGUCUCCUCCACGAGCACCACAUCCGACAUCUCCACUACGAGCGAUGAUUCCACGACCACGGGCGAGACGACCGAAACCGGAGCCUCCGCGACGGCCACAUCUGACCCGGGCUCAGAUGGUUCCAGCGGCGGCGGCCAAAGCAUGGCCUGGGUCGCUGGCCCCGUCGUCGGUGGUGUUGCAGGUCUCGCCAUCAUCGGACUGCUGGUCUGGGUGGUGCUGCUCCUCAAGAGACGAAGUGCGAACAAGGGGGUCGAAGCAGCGGCAGCCGACAACAAUCAAUAUGAUAACAACAACCUGCCGCCGGGUUCCAACAUGUCCCAAAUGUACCCGUCGCCACAAGUAACACCCGCGGCCGGCUACGCCGAUCCCGUAGGCGAGCCCUACAAAUACUACCCGCAGGGACCUCCGCAGACCAUCUACUCCGGCGUCCCUCCCCAAGGCGGGUAUACUCAGGUUCCUACUCAGAUGCCUAACCAGGCCGCAGAGCUGCACAGCACGUCCUCGCAAGGACCCUGGAUGUCGCCGGCCCCAAGCGAGCUGCCCGCCUCCGAGAGCCACGGGGCCAGGAGUGACGCAGCAGAGCUUGGGGGAAGUGACGUGCGGAGAUAG